GCUCACUCAUCAAAUCCAUUCCCCAUCAGGCUCCAGCCAGUUCGAUGUCGCUCAACCUCGUCGAGGACUCCGAGGCCUUCGAAGCCGCGCUGCACUUUGUGGACGAGUUCGUAGCAUGCGGCGACUGUACGGAUCAGCGAAGCGAAGAUGAUGUUGCUCUCACACGCGCGCUGGAUGGUCUUCCGUCGCCCACUGAAUUGGCAUUAGUCGAGACUCAAACCGAAGCUCCCGCAGCUAAAACCUCUGCUAAAACGAAGGCUAGGAAGGUCUCAAAGCCUAAAAGGCCACUAAACUAUAACCCCAACAGAGCGAGGGAACAGCAACGCAAGGAGCUUCUGUAUCUCCGCGAGAAGGUCGUGGAGAUGGAGCAGGAGCUCAAUGCGUUGCAAAGCACACGUCGACCAAAGACGUUAACAGAGGUCGAGGGAGAUAAACAAGAAGACGAAAGAGAAAACGUAGCGCUCGCGGGGUUUAACGCUCCUGAAGUGUGGAAGGAGAUGGCCAGUCAUCAACUGGAGCAGAGACUCAAGUCUGAACGGGAGAAUCGCAGGCUUAAAGCUGUGCUGGAGGGACAGAUCAAGAUCGGCAAGAGUCUAGCCAAGCUGCUAGAGGCUACGUCGACCACGCAGCCAAUGGAGUCGUGUGUGUAUGGGCCACAGCGUACGCGACGUAUGCACGCUUCCGCGCCGGAUCGUACCGGUCCAGGGAUCUUUGCCGAGCUCAUGGCAGGUGUCGAUGAUUCCUACCGUGAGGUGGACGAUGUAUUCCGAGCUAAUGGAUUGGGAGAAAUGGAGUCAUCUUUCAGUGACGCAAAGAUGCGCGUGGGUCCCGACGGAGUGUACAUGGAAAUCUUUGCCAACAAAGUUCUACCGUUCGAUGUGGCGUCUACGGGAACUGCAGCGUGGCAAUACUUUGCCAAGUCGAUGGAGCACAUGCCCUUCCGUUUCUUCUACCAGAAAGACCCACAGAACUUGGAGACAACGGACGAUACGAUUGUCGAGAGUUUCGGUAUGGAAUUACACGCCAACGGCACGCAGGCAGAUUUCCGCGUUAAAGAAGUUUUACGUCGCUACGUGGACGAAGAUCGCGUGGUGAUUGUCUGGCGGUCAUUCAUUGACCCCGUCGAGUUCUCUGGCGCACCAUUACGCGGAGCAGAAUUCAGAGAGAAAGGUUACAUUGUCAUUCGCCGUCCACGCGGUAUGGCCGAGAACUAUGCACUGCUGCAGACAUGUUAUCUCAUUCAUCCGGAUACGCCGGUGCACUCUUUGAGUGACGACGGUGCUAUCACUGGUGCGCUGACCGAUUUCGUUCUCAGCGGAACAGCUGCAAACAUUGCCGCCGGACACCAAAUGAUCGAGAACAUCCUGUUCAACGAGGCCAUGAAGACCAAUAGUCGUGUCUAAAGACGGGCUGUUCAGUAGGUGGGAAGGUGGAUACGGAUCUCAACAUAAUGUUUACCAUGUAUGUAUGUACAAACCUGAAGAUGACCACCUUGUACGUUGUUUAUAAAUCACUCCUCAC